ACAAGCUGAAAAUGCCACGUUCCUUCCUGGUAAAGAGCAAGAAGGCUCACACCUAUCACCAGCCCCGAGUGCAAGAGGAUGAAUUGGUGUGGCCACCUGCCCUUGGCCCUGUGGUCAGGGACCAGGUCCUGAGCAGUGAGCCUGUUCUUGGCACCUUGUUCCCAAGUCAGCACCUGGAUUGGACUGAUCUCAAGAGGGAACCAGAGGUGGAGAUGGACCGGAACCUGACCAAGAUGUCCUUGGCACCAGAGGGUCCCAUUGUAAGGUCCCGACACCAGGAUGGGGACUCACCCUCCUCCAACUCACCCCCAUUCUACAAGCCCAGCUUCUCCUGGGAUGCCCUGACCUCAUCCUACAGUCACAGCUACCAACAAGCCCCCUCCACCAUGCAGUCUGCCUUCCUGGAACGCUCUGUCAGCCUGUACGGCAGCCCUUUGGUGCCUAGUGCUGAGCCACCCUUGGACUUCAGUCUCCGCUACUCCCCAGGCAUGGAUGCAUACCACUGCAUCAAGUGCGACAAGGUGUUCUCCACACCACACGGGCUAGAAGUGCAUGUCCGCCGCUCCCACAGUGGGAGUCGGCCCUUCGCCUGUGACAUCUGCGGCAAGACCUUCGGCCAUGCUGUGAGCCUGGAGCAGCACACACACGUCCACUCCCAGGGGAUCCCAGCCGGGUCCAGUCCUGCAGCCAGCGUGGCAGUCCCGGGUCUCGAGGCCCCGCCUGUGCCUGAUGCCCCAGGCCCUCGUUUCCUCCGGCAGGAGCGCAGCUUCGAGUGCCGGAUGUGCGGCAAAGCCUUCAAGCGCUCGUCCACCCUGUCCACCCACCUGCUCAUUCACUCGGAUACUCGGCCCUACCCCUGCCAGUUCUGCGGCAAGAGAUUCCACCAGAAGUCGGAUAUGAAGAAGCAUACCUACAUCCACACCGGUGAGAAGCCUCACAAGUGCCAGGUGUGCGGGAAAGCAUUCAGCCAGAGCUCCAACCUCAUCACCCACAGCAGGAAGCACACAGGUUUCAAGCCAUUCACUUGUGAGCUGUGCACCAAGGGCUUCCAGCGCAAAGUGGACCUGCGAAGGCAUCGGGAGAGCCAGCACAACCUCAAGUGAGCCUGCACUUGCCCCAGCCAGCCUUCCCUGAGGUCUAGUUCUCUGGAGGCAGCCAUCCUCACACACCCAGACUCCUAGUCUUCUGCAUACAGCCUGGCUGGGAGACUCCAAGUUUCUUCUGAGACUCUCACACAGUUACCGUGUGGCCUCAGGCAGGUAGAUCUGCCUCCCUCUCUGGACCAACAUUUCUCCUGCUGCAAAGUGUGGGAGCUAGGUUGAACUUUUUCUGAGCUAAAGUUGUCUGUAGGUAUAAAAACUCAAGUGCUUCAGACAGGGCAGAGCCCUAAGUCCAGAGUAGACCCAUGUGGCCUUGGCUGCCAAGAAACAGACCUGAGCCAAUCCCCCACAGAGAAAUUCUCCACUCUCUCCUGUUGCCCAGGCUGAGAUCUAGCAGGCCUCUUUUUUUUUUUUUCCUGCCACAUGUGGUCAAAGCUGCUACCUGCUCCAGUGGGAACCCUUGUAGUCCUCUGUUUUCAGCCAGAUGUACAUGCUGCCUCACCCCCAACACUCAGCUGACCAUAGGGUUCCAAUUUUGC